AUGGCGGUAUCUACGUUUACUUCUUUAUCUAGGCAGGAGGAGUUUGAGGGAAAUUCAAAGUCUGUGAUCCCCUUAUUUUCGAUUACAUAUUUCCUUGCCAUCUUAUUUUCGAUCGUAUCUUGCUUGAGGUUUGACUGUGUAAGGAAUAAGGCCUGGGUGGCGUCUGUUGGGGUGAUCUCAGCCGGCCUGGCAGUGCUGUCUGGUUUUGGGUUGUUGCUGUGCUGUGGUGUGCCCUUCGCCAUGACUGUAGCCAACUCUCCCUUUUUGAUCCUGGGGCAAGUCAAUCCCACACCUGAAUCGAUUGGAACACCUGACUCGUCGAUUGGAAUACCUGACUCCAAUUACCCUCUUUUCAAGAUGUCAUUAUCCUAGAGGUUCACAUACUUUUUCCAUCAAUGACCUUGAUUGUUUAAACCAUUUGUUCA